AUGGGCUUUUAGUACAACACCGACGCGCCUUAACUCUGUUCUCAGCCAGGCUCUUUAUAAAGUCAACGCAUGGACAUUUAAGGCUCUGAGGAUUCGAGUUUAUUAAAACUUUGUAAGUUAUUAUGGAAUCAGAUCAAGAAAAAUUCAGACGGCGAAUGUCACAGCUUUUGGAGAAACAAGGGAAUGGAAACUGUGUCGACUGUGGAGCAGCAGACCCUGAAUGGGCGUCCUAUACUUUGGGAGUGUUUGUGUGUCACAGCUGCUCAGGUCUUCACAGAAACAUCGCCCAGAUUAGCAAGGUGAAGUCUAUCUUUCUGGAUCCCUGGAGUGUGGCAGAGUUGGAGUUUAUGGACUCUGUCGGCAACAAUGUUGCCAAAGCCAAAUACGAACAAGUUGUUCCAGAGUUCUAUUACCGUCCUACAUACAGAGACUGCAUGCUCCUGCGAGAACAGUGGAUUCGAGCCAAAUAUGAGAGAAAAGAGUUUUUGAGUGUUGACAGGCAAGAGGCUUACUCCGCAGGCUACAGGGAAGGGUUUCUGUGGAAACGAGGAAGAGACAAUGGGCAGUACCUCAGCCGAAAAUUUAUUCUGUGUGAACGGGAGGGUGUUCUGAAAUAUUUCAACAAGCAGGACGCCAGAGAGCCCAAAGCCAUAAUGAAGAUCAUCACUCUAAAUGCCGCUUUCCAGCCGACAAAGAUCGGCACGGCCAAUGGUCUGCAAAUAACCUAUCUGAAGGACAAUAGCACGAGAAAUAUCUUUGUUUACCACGAGGAUGGGAAGGUGAUGGUGGACUGGUUCAAUGCCAUCAGAGCAGUGAGGUUUAGAUACCUGCAGCUGGCUUUUCCUGGAACCCCCAAGUCUGACUUGGUAAAAAACCUAACGAGGAACUUUAUCAAGGAGGGUUACAUGGAGAAAACCGGUCCUAAGAAAACGGAGGGCUUCAAGAGGAGGUGGUUCACGUUUGAUGACAGGAGGCUCAUGUACUUCAAAGAUCCUCUGGACGCUUACGCACGGGGUGAGGUGUUCAUUGGCAGUAGAGAAAACGGCUACUCUGUGCUUCCUGGUCUCCCUCCUAACAUUCAAGGCUACUACUGGUCAUUUGGAAUAACGAUAGUGACACCAGACAGGAAGUUCCUUUUAACGUGUGAGAAUAAAGACCAGCAGAAGGACUGGAUGUCGGCUUUUCAGAUGGUCAUUGAACGGCCCAUGCUGCCACAGGAGUUCGCCGUGGAGGCUUGUUUCAAACACAAACCAUUUUGAUGAUGAGGAAAUAUCAGGGGAAAGAGGAGGAAGACGAGGAGCUGCGAGAUGAAGAGGAUGCUCUUGAUGUCACAUCUCAGUGCUAUUAAAAUGAUAAAAUGUCACAGAAGGUCAAUAAACAGGACUUUAAACUCAA